GCUGAGAUGAAGACUAAAGUCCUGGAGGCCAAGCACCAGGAGGAGAAACUGAAGAUGCAGCAGAAGCACGACGCAGACGUGCAGAAGGUCAAAGCGCUGAAUGAUUUAUCAAUGAAUUAAUUGAAUGAUUGAAUUCGUUUGAUUAUUUGAUAUUUUAGAGAAAUUCACACAUACAGCCAUAAUAUAAUCUGUAGGGAGGUUAUAGUAUGGCCCAGACAUGAAACCAUGCAUUUAUAUAAUGGAGGACAAACACACAGUAAAGUGAGACAGUGCAGAAGGUAGGUAUAACGAGGAAUUCUCCCUGCACACUUCCCCACCCCCACCAUGACACUACAUCUGAUGACUUUUUGGCUGGGCUCAAACACUUUUCUCCCUCCCUCUUUGGGACUCCUCCACUAAGACAAAUAGCUCUUCAGCAUCCUACUCAGGCCCUCUUCAAAGCUCCUUGUAAUCUUGGUGGAAAUGACUCUGAAGUCUGAAUAGCACCCAGUUAGUGUCAUUUCACCAGGGGUAUAUAGACUCAGCUCUACAUCAAGCACCUGGGAUCUGUCAACUUCGUCCGGAAAAUGUCUGUUUUCAUUGUUGCCACAGAAUCUUUCAAUAAAACAGAAAUAGCCCAAUUUUCCCUCUGUUUAAACUGUCGAUUAGCUCUUUGUCUCUGACAGGAGACACGGUGACAGCUCCUCCCCUCCCCACCUCUCCCGCUCUCUCUCUCUCCAUCCCUCUCUCUUUAGUGUCUGUGUCAUUGCAGGGAAAUCACGCUAAUUGCGUACAGAUUGCGAGCGAUGUCGGAUUCAAUUUGGUCCCUGUUUACCCAGCCGUUUGACUAAUGGCUUCAAAGGGGAGUGGUGGUGGGGUAGAGACUUUAACAAGCCCAUUCAAAGGUGCAUGGGGAAGCUGGCUUGCGCUAGUUUUAACUAGCACCAGGUAGAUGAAUUAUGGAUGAGUGUGGUGCUGAUGGUGGUAAGACUGGUCAUUGUCUCAUAGAUGACAUGAGAGAGGAUAACAAGAGAACAGGCCUGAGUGUUGGAUGGUAUGUAUAGCCAUGGAUCAAUAGUGUGUGUGUGUGUGUGUGUGUGUGUGUGUGUGUGCGUGCGCACAAUAGCUAUAUAAUUAGCUCAGGCAGACCUGUAUUAGUUUUUUAACAUGGCAGUGUUGGAGCGCGUGAACAAACAGGGUUUAAUAUAUCCAUCUAUAAGGUGCUGCCCAAGGAGCAAUCCUCUAAGGAUCUGAGAUGGCCAGAAUACCACAAUAGUGAAAUACUUUUUUUCAUAAUGCUGUGUAGCCUAGAUUAUCAAGCUCCAUUGAGACUGUAAAGAGAUGAUUGACAAAUAACAACCCAUAUUGUACAUCCUCAGAUUGCUAUGCUAUCUCAGAUUGCUGUAUGCUGUGCCUUUGUGUGUAAUGUAAUGGCUCCUCUUCCUCCAGACGGUCGGAUAGUAUUAGUGUCUAUGCUAGUCAGUCAGUCAGGCUGGCUGGAGUCUCUCUGCAAUAGAGAUGUUAUAAAAGCCCCACAAUUACCGUCCUGAAAGCUGUCCUUCCUCAGCUCCCACUCCCAGCCAAGUCCCUCUGGACCCCAUCUCUGACACCCCGUUACGACGGCCCCCUCUAUGUGUGCCCAAAACACACCCUCCUCUCUCCUCUCAGGAAGGCCGAUGGGAACAUUUCAAAAUUGGACGUCUCUAAAUGUUCUGUGAACUUUCCUUUGCCCCCCUUCAUUCCCUUCCCUUUCAUCUCUCCCAUCCCACUCACUCUGGCCACGACAGGCUUAGACACAGAGUGCACUUCUAACAGACAAAACCCAGGACAAAUAACCCUCUGAUGGUCCCCGGGACUGUUUAGGAGGGGAAAUAAUCUCUCUUACAGGAGGUUUUGAUCAAAUCUCCACCGUGCGUAUCAAAAGACAAGGCGGCGCUGUGAAAUGGUCCACAGUCCUGAACUUGUGUUCUUUCUUUCUCUCCUCUCUCCUUCUCUCUCUCUCCUCUCUCUCUCUCUGUCAUGUGUUCUAAAACAGCCUCUUUCAUGGUCCCCUAUACUAAUGCAGCUCUGAGGAUAUUAUCAUUCCGAAUAACACUGAUUUGCCUCCUAGCAUGUACUGCUAUGCAUAACACAAGACACAACACUGUUAUCAGUUCAGUACAAUGGAGAGCCCAGCGCUCACCAUUUCUAAAACAAUGUACUGGUAUCAUUUUUUUAAAUAUUUAGUUUCACUCAUGCAUGUGAUAUUUUAUUUGAUGUCCGCAUUGGAAGGGGACACAAUGGAGUCAGAGGAUGCAGUGAUGUCAGUCAAGGCUCAUCUGUAGACACCUCCUGUUAUGAGAUGUGUUUGGGGAUGGGAAUUCUGUUGAUGCAGUAUUGUGUAUCUCUCAUUAAAUCAAAUCAAAUGCUAUUUGUCACAUGCUUCGUAAACAACAGGUGUAGACUUAACAGUGAAAUGCUUACUUCCCAACAAUGCACAGAGAGGAAAAAAAAGAAAUAGUAGAAAAAUAACGAGGAAUAAAUAGAAAAAUAAUAACCAGGAAUAAAUCCACGAUGAGGAAUGAUAACGUAGCUAUAUACACGGGAAUCAUUACCCAGUUGAUGUGCAGGGGUACGAGGUCAUUCAGGUAGAUAUGUACACUGAACAAAAAUAUAAACUGUAAAGUGUUGGUCCCAUGUUUCAUGAGCUGAAAUAAAAUAUCCCAGACAUUUUCCAUAUGCACAAAACGUAUUUCUCUCAAAAUUUGUGCACAAAUUUGUUUACAUCCCUGUUAGAGACCAUUUCUCCUUUGCCAAGAUAAUCCAUCUAUGUAAAUGGUAGAUUAUCAGACACUCAAGAUGGUCUGAUUUCAUUAUUACUGAAACAGGAUACAAGUGGAAAAUAUAAAGAUCCAGUCCAUUAAACAAAUUGGAGGCCCCUUACACUUCAGUGUUGUGAUGCAAAAAUUCUAGCAAAAUGUAUAGCGCAUAGAAUUAAAAAGGUAUUGUCGGACAUUAUUCAUUCUAAUCAGACAGGUUUUUUACAUGGACGAUACAUUGGAGAUAAUAAAGGCAAGUACUGGAAACAAUAGAACACUAUGAAAAAUCAGGGAAACCAGGCCUGCUAUUCAUAGUAGACUUUGAAAAGGCAUUUGAUAAAGUACGACUGGGGUUUAUAUAUAAAUGCCUGGAGCAUUUCAAUUUUGGAGAAUCUCUUUUAUAAAAUGGGUUAAAAUCAUGUAUAGUAACCCUAGGUGUAAAAUAGUAAAUAAUGGCUAUUUCUCCGAAAGUUUUAAACUGUCAAGAGGAGUGAAACAAGGUUGUCCUUCCCCCCUUAUUAUGGCCAUCGAAAUGUUAGCUAUUAAAAUCAGAUCCAACAAUAAUAUCAAGGGAUUAGAAAUCCAGGGCUUAAAAACAAAGGUGUCAUUGUACGCUGAUGAUUCAUGUUUUCUUUUAAAUCCACAACUUGAAUCCCUCCACAGCCUCAUAGAGGAUCUAGAUACAUUUUCUAACCUCUCUGGAUUACAAUCAAAUUAUGAUAAAUGUACUAUAUUACGUAUUGGAUCACAAAAAAUACAAUUUUUACAUUACCAUGUAGUUUACCAAUAAAAUGGUCUGAUGGUGAUGUGGAUAUACUCGGAAUACAUAUCCCAAAUGAAAGAAAUGAUCUCACUCCAAUACAUUUUAAUAGAAAGUUAGCAAAAAUAGAUAAAUCUUGCUACCAUGGAAAGGUGAAUACCUGUCAAUUUGUGGAAAAACCACCCUGAUUUAACUCUUUAGUAUUAUCCCAGUUUACCUAUUUUGUUAUGGUCUUGCCUACGCCUAGCAAACAGUUUUUUUAAUUUAAAUUGAACAGGCCUAUUUAUAUCAUGAAUAUGAAUUCGGAGGACAGAAAUUAUUAAAUAUUAACUCAUUAGACCUAUCACUAAAAGCUUCAGUCAUACAAAAGUUAUACUUAAAUCUGAACUGGUUCUCUAGAAAAUUAGUAAGAUUGUCUCACCCAAUGUUCAAGAAUGGCCUUCUUCCCUUUAUUCAGAUUACAACCUCUCACUUUAAGUUAUUUGAAAAGGAAAUAAUCUCCCAAAUAUCACUAUUUCUAAAACAAGCCAUAGAAAGUUGGUUGCAAUUUCAAUUUAAUCCUCCAGAAACGACAGAACAAAUAAUGCAACAAAUAUUGUGAUUAAACUCAAAUAUACUAAUUGAUAAAAACCAUUAUCUUGUCUGUCGGCACUGCGUUAAAGAACAUAAUUGGUUAAAGAAAAUUGUGAUAAAUAAAAAAGUAUACCAGUUUCAUUUAAGGACCAAAGGAUUGACAGCCGUCCCAUAUAGAUUGCAAAAUAGAUGGGAAGAGAUUUUUGACGUACUGAUUCCAUGGCAUAGUGUUUAUGAACUGAUGCGCAAAACGACGCCGGAUUCAAAUCAUAUAAUUUUUCAAUUUAAACUAUUAUAUAAAAUUCUUGCUACCAAUAUAAUGUUAUUUAUAUGGGGGACACAAUCUUCCCAGCUCUGCAGAUUUUGCUGCGAAGAGACAGAAUCAUUAAAUCAUUUGUUUUGGUACUGUCCAUUUGUAGCUUGUUUUUGGACACAGGUCCAGGAAUGGCUAAAGGAUUGCAAUAUUUACCUGGAGCUAACCCUGCAGAUAGCACUACUGGGUGAUCUGAAAAGUCAUAGUCAAUCGAUCAAUAAUAUAAUAAUACUUUUAGCAAAAAUGUUUAUUUUCAAUUUACAAUCUGUAGAAACAAUGAGAAUAGAAGGGUUCAGAACUUUUGUAAAACAUCACAGUACAGUUGAAAAAUAUAUGGCAAAUAGAAAUCCAAUAUGGAUGGUGUUAAGAGAUAGAUGGGUGGUGUUGAAUGGAGUUGAAGGAUGGGACUAAUAACAAGAUAACUAAUGCAAAGCAUACUGUGUCCAUAAUAAGUAUAUAGGUUAUAGGUUGAGAGCUUUUGUGAAAGAGCACAGUUAGAAAGAUAUGGCAUAUAGAAGCAAACCGGAUGGACAUCAUGAAAAUGAUCGGAGAGGUUGAGGGUAGAGGAAGUUCAUGAGUAAAAACAAACAAAAUAGAAUUGCGUGGAGCCCCAGAUCGAGGGAGAUUAUCAGUGGUCUUGUAUGUCUUCCAUUUCCUAAUAAUUGCUCCCACAGUUGAUUUCUUCAAACCAAGCUGCUUACCUAUUGCAGAUGCAGUCUUCCCAGCCUGGUGCAGGUCUACAAUUUUGUUUCUGGUGUCCUUUGACAGCUCUUUGGUCUUGGCCAUAGUGGAGUUUGGAGUGUGACUGUUUGAGGUUGUGGACAGGUGUCUUUUAUACUGAUAACAAGUUCAAACAGGUGCCAUUAAUACAGGCUACAGCUCUGGUGGACAUUCCUGCAGUCAGCAUGCCAAUUGCACGCUCCCUCAAAACUUAAGACAUCUGUGGCAUUGUGUUGUGUAAGCAGCUUGGUUUGAAGAAAUCAACUGUGGGAGCAAUUAUUAGGAAAUGGAAGACAUACAAGACCACUGAUAAUCUCCCUCGAUCUGGGGCUCCACGCAAGAUCUCACCCCGUGGGGUCAAAAUGAUCACAAGAACGGUGAGCAAAAAUCCCAGAACCACACGGGGGGACCUAGUGAAUGACCUGCAGAGAGCUGGGACCAAAGUAACAAAGCCUACCAUCAGUAACACACUACGCCGCCAGGGACUCAAAUACUGCAGUGCCAGACGUGUCCCCCUGCUUAAGCCAGUACAUGUCCAGGCCCGUCUGAAGUUUGCUAGAGUGCAUUUGGAUGAUCCAGAAGAGGAUUGGGAGAAUGUCAUAUGGUCAGAUGAAACCAAAAUAUAACUUUUUGGUAACAACUCAACUCGUCGUGUUUGGAGGACAAAGAAUGCUGAGUUGCAUCCAAAGAACACCAUACCUACUGUGAAGCAUGGGGGUGGAAACAUCAUGCUUUGGGGCUGUUUUUCUGCAAAGGGACCAGGACGACUGAUCCGUGUAAAGGAAAGAAUGGGGCCAUGUAUCAUAAGAUUGAGUGAAAACCUCCUUCCAUCAGCAAGGGCAUUGAAGAUGAAACGUGGCUGGGUCUUUCAGCAUGACAAUGAUCCCAAACACACCGCCCGGGCAACGAAGGAGUGGCUUCGUAAGAAGCAUUAAGGUCCUGGAGUGGCCUAGCCAGUCUCCAGAGCUCAACCCCAUAGAAAAUCUUUGGAGGGAGUUGAAAGUCCAUGUUGCCCAGCGACAGCCCCAAAACAUCACUGCUCUAGAGGAGAUCUGCAUGGAGGAAUGGGCCAAAAUACCAGCAACAGUGUGUGAAAACCUUGUGAAGACUUACAGAAAACAUUUGACCUGUGUCAUGCCAACAAAGUGUAUAACAAAGUAUUGAGAAACGUUUGUUAUUGACCAAAUACUUAUUUUCCACCAUAAUUUGCAAAUUCAUUAAAAAUCCUACAAUGUGAUUCUCUCAUUUUGUCUGUCAUAGUUGACGUGUACCUAUGAUGAAAAUUAUAGGCCUCUCUCAUCUUUUUAAGUGGGAGAACUUGCACAAUUAGUGGCUGACUAAAUACUUUUUUCCCCCCACUGUACAUCUGCAGAGUCAGAAAAGUGAGUUUGCGCUCAGUCACACAAUGGGCUGAUGAGAAAUCUGUAGAACCUGUUAGCAGAGGACUCCCAGCCUCAGCGGACACACGCCAGAUAUAAAGCUCUUAAGGACCCUAUUAGCUGUCAGAUAGCAGUCGGCCCUAGGUAGCCUACAACACCCUGAAAUAAUCAAACUGUCGAUAGCCAAAAUUCUACAUACAUUAAUUUAUGUCGAGCAGAAACAGCACAUCAUGAAAAUAACUACAGCAAUAAUAACUAACUUCAGUAGAAGAAAUAGACAGCAUACAUAUUCCAAUUGAAAGUUUUAUUUGGAAUCUGGUCAUUACAAAGUAGCAGGAAUAACAGUCGGGCCAAGCUGCAAAUUACAUUCUGAAGGCUUAAUGUGAAGACUAUCCAGCAUUUUUCAGCCUUGGUCACGAUCCAGUCAGUUAUUCCUGAGAAACUAAGUAAGCGAAUUGGAUACCAAACAUCUCAAUUUGAGAGUCUCAGCCAGACAAGGAACCAUAAAUUACCUCAGAGGAGACGUCACACCUUUGGCUCCAGCACUAGGGAUCUAAGGAGAGGCUGUUCGGUACAGGUUUACUGACUUCAUAGGAUACAACAUUAACAGAGGUCUGAGCUGUGUCUCCUGGAGAGUAGCGGGUGUUGGAUAAGACCACUCUGCCUCGUUCAUAGCUGUUAUGGUUCUGAAAAAUAAAGCUGAAUGGAGGUAGAGCAGGGAAGAUAUUGGGGCUAACAGUCUGCUUAAUUGCGUCACCUGGCUCCGCGAUCUCAGGGACCACUUUUUUCUGCUUGAUCCAGGGGACCUGUGCUUGCUGCUCGAUGUUGGGGACCACUUUCUGCUUGAUCCAGGGGACCUGUGCUUGCUGCUCGAUCUCUGGGACCACUUUUUUCUGCUUGAUCCAGGGGACCUGUGCUUGCUGCUCGAUCUUGGGGACCACUUUCUGCUUGAUCCAGGGGACCUGUGCUUGCUGCUCGAUGUUGGGGACCACUUUUUUCUGCUUGAUCCAGGGGACCUGUGCUUGCUGCUCGAUGUUGGGGACCACUUUUUUCUGCUUGAUCCAGGGGACCUGUGCUUGCUGCUCGAUCUCUGGGACCACUUUUUUCUGCUUGAUCCAGGGGACCUGUGCUUGCUGCUCGAUGUUGGGGACCACUUUCUGCUUGAUCCAGGGGACCACUUUUUUCUGCUUGAUCCAGGGGACCUGUGCUUGCUGCUCGAUCUCUGGGACCACUUUUUUCUGCUUGAUCCAGGGGACCUGUGCUUGCUGCUCGAUCUUGGGGACCACUUUCUGCUUGAUCCAGGGGACCAGUGCUUGCUGCUCAAUCUCUGGGACCUGCUCGAUCUCUGGGACCGGUUCUUGCUGCUCGAUCUCGGGGACCUGGUUGAGCUCUGGGACCUGUGCUUGCUGCUCGAUCUCGGGGACCUGUGCUUGCGGCUCGAUCUCGGGGACCACUUUUUUCUGCUUGAUCCAGGGGACCAGUGCUUGCUGCUCAAUCUCUGGGAUCUGUUCUUGCUGCUCGAUCUCGGGGACCACUUUUUUCUGCUUGAUCCAGGGGACCGGUGCUUGAUGCUCGAUCUCUGGGACCACUUUCUGCUUGAUCCAGGGGACCACUUUUUUCUGCUUGAUCCAGGGGACCUGUGCUUGCUGCGCGAUCUUGGCGACCACUUUCUGCUUGAUCCAGGGGACCAGUGCUUGCUGCUCAAUCUCUGGGACCGGUUCUUGCUGCUCGAUCUCGGGGACCUGGUUGAGCUCUGGGACCUGUGCUUGCUGCUCGAUCUCGGGGACCACUUUUUUCUGCUUGAUCCAGGGGACCUGUGCGAUCUCGGGGACCAUUUUCUUCUGCUUGAUCCGGGGGACCUGUGCGAUCUCGGGGACCUGUUUUUUCUGCUUGAUCCAGGGGGCCUGUUCUGGCUGCUCAGUGAAAGAGGGGGACGUUAUCCCCUUACUUUGCUGGUUGCCAGUGGGCAGGGUAAUGGAGGAAUCUGCUGAAACCCAUACCCAAUACCCCUGUGGCCUGCCUUGCACAUGUCCUGCUACCUCAGGAGCACUGGAUCUGUUGGUGAUCUGUGGGAGUGUCAUGCCACUGGGGACUUGUUCUGGCUGCUCCAAGUGCCACCAUGACUGUGGAAUACCCUUUACUGGUGUGGUUCUGGAGGGAAUCUUUGGGAGCUUCUGGCUGCUGGGAGCUUGUUGUGGCUGCUCAGGGACAGAGGGAGACUUCUUCCCAGGAACUUGCUCGUUGCCUUUGGACUGGGGAAAUGUGGUGGCUGGGUUAGGCUUGACUAACACCCAAUUCUUAGCGUUGCGGUUCACUGGUCUUUGUGCAUUAGGGAGGUUGUUCAGCUGAGAGAACAUUUUGCCUGGCUCCUGGGUGUUGUCAGAGCCAGUGCUUGGAUGGGAGGGAGUAAUGCUAAACCAGUUGGGCUCAUACCCCUUGUUGGACACAUAGUAGGUGGGGUAGUAAGCCUGCUGCAUGUCUUCACCAGACUGCUGGCCUUGUUCACGCUGACCAGAUACAACACUGGUGGAUGGUCCCUCUUCACUGGGCUGGUAGCUGGCGUGCCCAAGGACAGAACCAUACUUGCCAGACGAACUGCCACGAGGGGAAAGCACACCUCCAUAAGUAGGUUCAUAUGGAUAGCCAUAGCCUAAAUAAUAAAAUAGGGUUAGAUAAUAUUUACAAAAGUAUACUAUAACCUUCCUGUAUUAUACUUUAAAUGUUUGUUCUACUCAGCCAUUUCAUUUGUUCAUAUUCUUUACUGUUAUUAUGACUCAUUGAUGGGGAGUUGUCAAGAAGGAACAUGCAAGCACGCAUUUCAUUGGACAAUAUCCUGUACAUACAACUUAAAUACAUGAGGGCUGAAUUUUAAUACCAACCAAAGUCAUGCUAGUCUUAAACAAAAUGUCUUACCACUUUGGGCAAGAAAAACAUUACUUCCUCCAGAAAGCAGACAACAGAGCCAAGAGACCCUGAAAAGCAAGACAAAAUGAUUAGUUAAGGGCCAGUGCAACAUUACAACUAAUUGAAGAGAACCCAUGUUUCUUACCUUAAAGCAAGUCCAAGAGCCAUAGCAGUCAGAGCAUCUGCAGAGCCCAGUAGCAAUCCCCAGUAACUAUGGUGUGGUGACAGACAGCCUGCUAACACCUUCCUGCUUUAACUGUGAGUGUGCUGCUCUCUCCUUAUAUUGGCACCUUGACUCUCCUAGGUUUCAAUUAGAGACAGCUGGUGGCAAUCAGUGACCUAAUCACUCAAACUCAGGUGUAGCAAUUAUACAAUAUUGCUCCAUUCUGGGCCCUAGCCCCUUCCCCUAGGCACUUCAUGUAGAUCUGAAAGAAUUGGAUAGAUAUGGUAGUGUCCACCCAGCUGAUUAUUUUGUCAUCUUGCUUAUACCUAUCCAAUCCUUUCAGAUCUAAACAAGUGUCUAGUGCUAAGGGUUGGUUCUGGAUGGGGCCUUUGCUACUAAUUUAAGUUGUUAACUUUCAAUAAGUCUAGCUUGCAAAGGUAUGAAGACACACAUUUUGCACCAACCACAGUGCACUACAAUCAUAUUGAAGCACAUAAUUUCUAAUGAGCAAGUUCCUGAAUGUCUGCAUAAACACCUGAACAAAAACAGUAGAUGAGAACUGAAGGAAGAGAUUAAUCAUAACCACCUGAACAAAAACAGUAGGUGAGAAAUGAAGGAAGAGCUGAAUCAUAACCACCUGAACAAAACCAGUAGAUGAGAAAUGAAGGAAGGGCUGAAUCAUAACCACCUGAACAAAAACAGUAGGUGAGAAAUGAAGGAAGAGCUGAAAAUGAGGUGUAUCCGGAACUACAAUAUUUAUGCAACAUUUUGCAAACACUAUGAAACAACAUGCAACACUUUUGAAGAGGUUGAAUUUACCUGUCCCUUUUCCAUUUCAGAUUUUAGACCGUAAGAAUGGCGAGAUCGAGGAGCUGAAGACCAUGUACAGAGCCAAGCAGAAGGAAUCGGAGGAGAGUGUGCGCAAGCUGGAGAAGAAAGGUCAGAGGUUGUGGAGUCAUGGUGGGGGUCGAGCCUGGAGGCAGACUCAAGGGGAUGUUUACACCAGUGUGUCUCUGCACACUCAGAGUAAAAUCCCAUUUUAAACGCAGUGUUACUGUUACAGGGGGAGACCCCACUGGUGUGGCGCGAUGCUACCCAGCUGUGCUCCUUCUAACAGCACGUUUAUGAGACCCACUGAUAUUUCACACUUGUCAUAAACAUCAUCUUUAGUGACGGUGCAUGUUGUACAGUACGCUUCCAACACAGAGCUAUUUAGUUGCAGACGUUCUCUAUACUCAGCUUUAACCCAGACACAAUAUGGGAGAUUGGAGAUAUUCUUAGUGCUGACAUACAAUAUAAAACAACAAUGACGAGGCCAACAAAGCAUGCUGAACACAGAACUUAGUUGAAGUAGUGUGAAAGAAACAAACGUUUAUUGGUGUGUGUGUGUAUGUGUGUGUCUCUGUCUACAUUUGUGUAGGCCCUGAGGCAGGGCCUUACUGAGUUCUCUGUCUGUGUGUAUGUGUUGUUUUUCCAUCCAUAGUUCAAAGCGUGGUGCGCGAGUCCCAGGUCAUCUGCGAGAGCAAAGAGAAGCAGAUCGGUGAGCUGAAGAAGAUGUCAGAUCAGAGCACCGACUCCCUGAAAAACGAGUGGGAGAAAAAGGUAAAGGAAAGUUGAAGGGCUGAACUGGAUUUCCAACCAGCCCUAGCUCCUACGCAAUCCUGAGCCUGAGGAAGGCUGCUAUAGAAGGAUUUGAAAGGGCGGAAUCUGGGCAGACCUCAACCAAGCCAGGCUCACUGUAGAGCUGGGAAAUCUUUAUUCUAGAUUCUAGAUUCUUUAUUCUAUUUAGUGUGUUUUUAUUAUUGAAAAAAUAAUGUUAGUAAGUCUUCUCUAAAUUGUCUUUUCAGUCCCUCUAACUUUAGUUAACUGAGCCGCUCAAUGAGAUCUCAAUUACAUUUCCCCUCUUCUGUUCAGGUUCACUAAACGUAUGACUAAACGUAUGAUAGCGAAAUCCAUAAGGAAAGCUCUGCUUAGAUGUAAUGAGAAAAAUUAACUCUCCUGCCCUUAAAAUAAGGUAUCUCGCCCCUGAAUAAGGGUUGACUUGAUAUAUCUAUUGAAAAUGAGAGAGAGAGAGAGACAGAGAGAGACGCAUAGAGAGAGAGAGAUGCAUAGAGAGAGAGAGACGCAUAGAGAGAGAGAGACGCAUGGAGAGAGAGAGACGCAUAGAGAGAGAGAGACGCAUGGAGAGAGAGAGACGCAUAGAGAGAGAGAGACGCAUAGAGAGAGAGAGACGCAUAGAGAGAGAGAGACGCAUAGAGAGAGAGAGACCCAGAGAGAGAGAGAGAGAUGCAGAGAGACGCAGAGAGAGAGACAGAGAGACGCAGAGAGAGAGAGAGAGACGCAGAACAGGCCAGAGCUGGUACAGUAGAAUGACUGAUUGGACACCUAGGCCAAUGGAGGUAGCCGAGGUACCACAAGUAGUAGCUGUGAUAGGCUGACUGACGCAGUGGUGUCCGUUGCCCAUCCUCUCCCCAGCUGCACGCGGCGGUGGCGGGCAUGGAGCAGGAGAAGUUUGAGCUGCAGAAGAAGCACACCGAGAACAUUCAGGAGCUGCUGGAGGACACCAACCAGAGGCUGGCCAAGAUGGAGGCCGAGUACAGCGCCCAGACACGGAUUACCGUGAGUGGGGGGGGAGGGGCUGUUUAUUUUGAUCUGUGUGUUAGGGACCUAAUGUGGGACCAAGGAGGGGACGGGGUUUAGGUAAGGAUGAUCAGCAACGGGCCAGUCAGAUACAGUACAGUACUUAAUGAAUUUAGCUUCUCUUAAGACAUUUGCAUUCAGCAGCUUUCACAAUUAAAGUGUACACUCCUACACAUACAGUACAUACGCAAACACACUUUCUCUCGCUGUCUCACACACACACACACACACACACACACACAUACUCCUUCUGCAUCUCCCUCUCUCACACACACAGACAUUUGCAUUCAGCAGCUUUCACGGGUAAAGUGUACACUCCUAUGCAUACACUUUCUCUCUCUCUCUUUCUCGCUCUUUCUAUAUCUCUCUCUCUCUCUCUCUCUCUCACACACACACACACACACACACACGCUCCCAUGUGCAGCGAUAGCUGCUCCUGGCCUUAGUCUGUCAGCAAGCUGGAAUUUAAGAAGCAUCAAAGUGGGCCGUGUGAGGCCGGGUAAGACCCCUCUUUAAUAAUUAAACAGUCUAUAGCCAGGUGGGACCCGCAACAUGAAAGGGCCCUCUCUCCCCUGUAGCUCAGUUGGUAGAGCAUGGUGCUUGCAACGCCAAGAUUGUGGGUUCGUUUCCCACGGGGGGCCAGUGUGAAAAUGUAUGCACUCACUAACUGUAAGUCGCUCUGGAAAAGAGCGUCUGCUAAAUGACUAAAAUGUAAAUGUAAAAUGAAAUGAGGUGCUCUACCCGCUGUUAGUUUAGGCUGACCUCCACACAGAGGUACACAUGCAUGCACUCACACGGGCGCACAUACACACACACACACACACACACCCCUGUUCUCUUCAUAAGAGAUGUCAGCUGAGGUGAGGUAGCUCUGAACUCCCCCUCUCUAUUUGAUGUCUCAGUAUCGAAGCCCUCUGAAAUAUUAUGUUUGUCUUUCAUCAUGCAACCGUGUGCAGUGUUUCUGUGUGCAGUGUUUCUGGUGCUUGCCAAAAACCAGAAGGUAAAGUGAAGUCUAUCAAAGCUAUCUGACAGAGUGAGAGUUUCAAUAUAUACAGUGCCUUGCAAAAGUAUUCAUCCCCCUUGGCGUUUUUCCUAUUUUGUUGCAUUACAACCUGUAAUUUAAACUGAUUUUUAUUUGGAUUUCAUGUAAUGGACACAAAAUAGUCCAAAUUGGUGAAGUAAAAAAUAAAAAAAAUAAAAAUAAAACACUUGUUUAAAAAAAUUCUACCUAAUAAAUAACGGAAAGGUGGUGCAUGCAUAUGUAUUCACACCCUUUGCUAUGAAGCCCCUAAAUAAGAUCUGGUGCAACCAAUUACCUUCAGAAGUCACAUAAUUAGUUAAAUAAAGUCCACCUGUGUACAAUCUAAGUGUCACAUGAUCUGUCACAUGAUCUCAGUAUAUAUACACCUUUUCUGAAAGGCCCCAGAGUCUGCAACACCACUAAGCAAGGGGCACCACCAAGCAAGCGGCACCAUGAAGACCAAGGAGCUCUCCAAACAGGUCAGGGACAAAGUUGUGGAGAAGUACAGAUCAGGGUUGGGUUAUAAAGAAAUAUCUGAAAUUUUGAACAUCCCACGGAGCACCAUUAAAUCCAUUAUUAAAAAAUUGAAAGAAUAUGGCACCACAACAAACCUGCCAAGAGAGGGCCGCCCACCAAAACUCACGGACCAGGCAAGGAGGGCUUUAAUCAGAGAGGCAACGAAGAGACCAAAGAUAACCCUGAAGGAGCUGCAAAGCUCCACAGUGGAGAUUGGAGUAUCUGUCCAUGUCUUUAAGCCGUACACUCCACAGAGCUGGGCUUUACGGAAGAGUGGCCAGAAAAAAGCCAACACGUUUGGUGUUCGCCAAAAACCAUGUGGGAGACUCCCCAAACAAAUAGAAGAAGGUACUCUGGUCAGAUGAGACUCAAAUUGAGCUUUUUGGCCAUCAAGGAAAACGUUAUGUCUGGCACAAACCCAACACCUCUCAUCACCCCGAGAACACCAUCCCCACAGUGAAGCAUGGCAGCGGCAGCAUCAUGCUCUGGGGAUGUUUUUCAUCGGCAGGGACUGGGAAACUGGUCAGAAUUGAAGGAAUGAUGGAUGGCGCUAAAUACAGGGAAAUUCUUGAGGGAAACCUGUUUCAGUCUUCCAGAGAUUUGAGACUGGGACGGAGGUCCACCUUCCAGCAGGACAAUGACCCUAAGCAUACUGCUAAAGCAAUGCUCAAGUGGUUUAAGGGGAAACAUUUAAAUGUCUUGGAAUGGCCUAGUCAAAGCCCAGACCUCAAUCCAAUUGAGAAUCUGUGGUAUGACUUAAAGAUUGCUGUACACCAGCGGAACCCAUCCAACUUGAAGGAGCUGAAGCCUUGAAGAAUAGGCAAAAAUCCCAGUGGCUAGAUGUGCCAAGCUUAUAGAGACAUACCCCAAGAGACUUGCAGCUGUAAUUGCUGCAAAAGGUGGCUCUACAAAGUAUUGACUUUGGGGGGGGGGGUGAAUAGUUAUGCACGCUCAAGUUUUCUGUUUUUCUGUCUUUUAUCUUGUUUGUUUCACAAUUAAAAAUAUUUUGCAUCUUCAAAGUGGUAGGCAUGUUGUGUAAAUCAAAUGAUUCAACCCCCCAAAAAAAUCUAUUUGAAUUCCAGGUUAUAAGGCAACAAAAUAGGAAAAAUGCCAAGGGGGGUGAAUACUUUCGCAAGCCACUGUAACACACACAUUUUCACAUAGGCUGUUUUGACACCUGUAAUUGUUUUUCUAACUUGUCUGGUGUCUAGAACAGUUCAGGUAGAGCAGCUGCGAGUGUAUGUCAAAAUGAAGACAAGGUGAAAUAUGAAUGAAAUCUUUUUGUGAGUGUGUGUGUGCUUGUCUGUGUGCGUCAACGGAGACAAGGAGAACAGAACACGUCCCUGACAGGCCACUACAGUGUUCCUGUACCAUAACAGCAUCUUUAGCUGCAUCACACACAACCACAGGUGGCAUGGAGACCACAGCAUACAAGCACUCCAAGUCUUCUCCUGGUGUGUAAUAUGUGUGAAUAUGUUUAAGUGAGACCACCUCUUUAACUGGCAUUGGUAGGUCAUCCAUCACUGAAUAUUGAAUCUGUUACAUUAUGUUAUGCAACUUGUCUUUGAUAAAUAAUUUUUGGGGCCAAAUUUGUUUUUUAUCACUUCAAAGAAGACCCAUUUUUAUCCUAGUUAAAUCUAUGAAGGACUCAGAAGAGCGAAGCUAAUAUGUAGCCUGUCACUACACACUUGUCACUUUGUGUCUGUCUCUCUGAAGGAGCCCAUUAGUGGAGCUCAGUGCCGUUAAUGUAACGUGCUGCUAACACCUGGUGCUUAGGGGAGUGCUCCAAACACACACAUACACACACACACACACACAGCCUCUCCGUCUCAUCCCCUGCCAGGGCGUUAAGUGUCAGCACACGUCCUGGCUCAGUCCCCCUUCGUUCCCCCUUAAUUUUCUUAAGGCACUCUUGUUGGCCGACUGCAGACAAUUCACAAAGGACCCCUCUCACAGGGCCUGACGGCUCUGGCUGUCACUCUCCGUCCCAAAAACACACAGAACUCUCCUGUCUCAGUCGGCUCUCUCAUCGGCUAGAGAGGACUGCACGCUCCCCAUCUUUAACCAGCCACUCUGUCAUCACCUGUAUCAACCUGCGAACGCGCUGCAUUCCAAACUGUCACACAGGGAGAGUAGGUGGUUGAAUCAACUCUUUUUAUUAAGACACUAGUGGAAGCAUCACCCAGCUAGCACAUUUGGUUCCUUGGAAGUUGUGGGAACAUAUGUUUUUUGGUUUUCCAUUGGUUCUGGAAACGAAGCCAUCAGUUUCCUGACCGGUAAAAUGGAACAUUGUUAAACAUUCAGAAAUUUGAAGUGAAAAUGUAGCCUGUUCUGGGAACAUACUUUUUUUGCAGGGACGUUCUGAGAACAUUUUACUAUGGUUCCCUUAAAGUUUUCCUGGGAGGUUUUAUUAAUGUUCUGAGAACGGAGAUUAUAGGUUAUUUUGAGGUUUUUGAAUAACUUUCUUAACUUUCACUGAAUGUUUCAAUAAGACUUUUAGUAACACUGCUAGCUUAGUUUGGGUUAACUUUUUUUAAACUCCAAGCACAGAAAGGAAUGGAACGCAUGGAAAUGUAUUUUCUUAGGCAUUAGUCCUGCAAAUACAUUUCUUUUUUAUUGUGGCACAGCAUCAGUAAGAUUCAAACCUAUGAUCUUCUGUUCUCUAUCUAUAGAAUUAGUCCACAGCACCACCAGGAUAGAGCUAGCAUGCCAUGUAUUUUUUUUACCUCUUACGAAGGUGUUCAUUUUAGGAUAUUCAAACAGACCCCAUUUCAAAGUAAACAAGCACUCUUUAAGAUCAGGUGUUGAUAAUUAGUGGUCGCAGCCAACAAACCUGAACACACUUAACAAGAUAGAGUUUUGUUGAUGCUGAGAACGGAAUGUAUAUGUUUUGUAGUGGUUUUUAUGGAAGGUUUUCUUAAUGUUCUGAGAACAUGACUUUAAAUAGAACCAUGAGGAAACCUGCAGAAAACGUUAUGCUGAAGUAAGUCCUUUAAACAGGUCAACAUUCACAAGGCCGCAGGGCCAGACGGAUUACCAGGACGUGUACUCAGAUCAUGCUGGCAAGUGCCCAACUGGCAAGUGUCUUCACUGACAUUUUCAACCUGUCCCUGACCGAGUCUGUAAUACCUACAUGUUUCAAGCAGACCACCAUAGUCCCUGUGCCCAAGAACGCCAAGGUAAUCUGCCUAAAUGACUACCGACCCGUAGCACUCACGUCUGUAGCCAUGAAGUGCUUUGAAAGGCUGGUCAUGGCUCACAUCAACACCAUCAUCCCAGAAACCCUAGACCCACUCCAAUUCGCAUACCGCCUCAACAGAUCCACAGAUGACGCAAUCUCUAUUGCACUCCACAUUGCCUUUUACCACCUAGACAAAAGGAACACAUACGUGAGAAUGCUGGUCAUUGACUACAGUUCAACACCAUAGUGCCCUCAAAGCUCAUCACUAAGCUAAGGACCCUGGGGCUAAACACCUUCCUCUGCAACUGGAUCCUGGACUUCCUGACAGGCCGUCCCCAGGUGGUAAGUGUAGGCAACAACACAUCUGCCACGAUGAUCCUCAACACGGGGGCCCCUCAGUGGUGCGUGCUUAGUCCCCUCCUGUACUCCUUCUUCACCCACGACUGCGUGGCCAAGCACGACUCCAACACCAUCAUUAAGUUUGCCGACAACACAACGGUGGUAGGCCUGAUCACCGUCAACGAUGAGCCAGCCUAUAGGGAGGAGGUCAGAGACCUGGCAGUGUGGUACCAGGACAACAACCACUCCCUCAACGUGAUCAAGACAAAGGAUCUGAUCGUGGACUACAGGAAAAGGAGGGCCGAGCACGCCCCCAUUCACAUCGACGGGGCUGUAGUGGAGCAGGUCGAGAGCUUCAAGUUUCUUGGUGUCCACAUCACCAACAAACUAUCAUGGUCCAAGCACACUAAGACAGUCGUGAAGAGGCCACAACAACGCCCCAGGAGACUGAAAAGAUUUGGCAGAUCCUCAAAAAGUUAUACAGCUGCACCAUCGAGAGCAUCCUGACAGGUUGCAUCACUGCCUGGUAUGGCAACUGCUUGGCAUCCGACCUCAAGGCGCUACAGAGCGUAGUGCGUAGGGCCCAGUACAUCACUGGGGCCAAGCUUCCUGCCAUCCAGGACCUCUAUACCAGGCGGUGUCAGAGGAAGGCCCUAGAAAUUGUCAAAGACUCCAGCCACCCAAGUCAUAGACUGUUCUCUCUGCUACUGCACGGCAAGCGGUACCGGAGCGCCAAGUCUAGGUCCAAAUGGCUCCUUAACAGCUUCUACCCCCAAGCCAUAAGACUGCUGAACAGUUAAUCAAAUGACUACCCUGAUUCGCUGUUUAUCUAUGCAUAGUGACUUUACCCCUACCUACAUGUACAUAUUACCUCAAUUACCUCGACUAACCUGUACCCCCGCACAUUGACUCGUUACCACUACCCCCUGUAUAUAGCCUCGUUAUUGUUAUUUUAGUGUUAUUUUUUAUUUUUACUUUAGUUUAUUUAGUAAAUAUGUUCUUAACUCUUAUUUUUCUUAAAACUGCAUUGUUGGUUAAGGGCUUGUAAGUACGCAUUUCACUGUAAGCUCUACACCUGUUGUAUUUGGCGCAUGUGACAAGUAACAUUUGAUUUGAUUUGAAGUAUAUAUAUAUAUAUUUUUUUUACCUUUAUUUAAGUCACCAUUGAGACUAGGGUCUCUUUCACAUGGGAGCCCUGCAUAUACUGGACAAUUCAUAAGACCAAAUCAAAAUCAGAUACAGUGUAAAACAAACAGCACAACACACAUCAAGAAAAACAGAUACAUUCCUCGGUACGAAGGUCCCCAAUCAAAAUUAGAAAUUGCCUGACCAGCACCAGAACAUCCAAUUGGAAUGUAUUUUGUAGUUGGUUCCAGCAAUGAGGUGCAUUAAAACUAAAAGCGGAUUUACCGAGUUCGGUGGAGACCCGAGGAACCUCAAGAGUUAACCAACCCUGUGUACUUUAACAACUAAGUUAGGUAAGUUGGAAGCUUAUGUAGUAGAGCUUUGUAAACAAAAAGGGAGUAAUGAAGUGAUCUACGGGACUUUAAUGAGUACCAGCCAACCUUUUGAUACAGGAUGCAGUGGUGAGUAUUAACACUGUCACCUGUGAUAAAACAAAUGGCGCUAUAGAAGAUGGCAUCCAAAGGAUUAAGAGUAGUGACUGCUGCAACCUGGUAAAUGGUAUCACCAUAGUCAAGAACUGGCAGGAAGGUUGACUAUACAAUCUACUUCCUGCUAUUUAGGAAGAGCCAAGAUCUAAGCCCACUUUAAAUCUUAGCUUUUUAACUAGCUUAUCCAUAUGUUUUUUAAACAUUAAAUCUUUGUUAAUCCAAAUGCCUGAUCGAUGGGAGAACCAUCAAAUGAAUAAAUAUGUAGUCCAUCUGAAACAUUUUUGCGAGAAUUAAAGAACAACAUGAAUUUAGUCUUACCCGUUUUACAAGUUUUAAACCAACCAGGUCUUUCUGUAAGGCAACAAGGUCAGAUUGCAGCUCUAGCCUGGUCAACAGUUGGGGCAAUGGCAUACGUAACAGUUGUAUGCAUACAGAUGAAUAUUACAAGUUUUAACAGAUAGACCAAUGUUAUUUAUAUAAAUAGUAAAGAGAACAGGUCCCAAUAUCGACCCCUGCAGUACACCUUUUAUAAUAUCCAGGAAACUAGACUUAACACCAUCAGAAAUCACACAUUGUGUCCUGUCUGACAGAUCAUUCUCAAACCACUUGCAAGAAACCUGAUCCAGGCCUAUUUCAGUCAACCUUUGAAUGAGAAUGUGAUGUUCAACAGUAUCGAGGACCUUGGAAAGGUCUAUAAAUAAGGCAGCACAAUUAUAUUUAUGAUCUAAGCAAUUUUACACAUAAUCUAAAACAAGCGUAGCAGCUGAAACGGUGCUAUGUCCAGGUCUAAAACCAGAUUUAGAAUAGAGUGAGAAGUUAAAGUUCUUAGCUGAGAGUUGGCCAGGGAUUCUAAAACUUUGGAAAGGCAAGAUCAUUUGGAAAUUGGACGGUAGUUAUCUAAGUCAGAAGGAUCUCCUCCUUUAUGUAGGAGGAGGACAUGUGCCGCUUUCCAGAUCUUAGAGAUAACACCAGAAAUUGUCAAGAUAAAAAUAUAGGUCAAUGGCUCUGCAAUAAGUGGGGCAGAGAGCUGCAGUAAGAUGGGAUCAAGUGAAUCAGCCCCUAUGGAUUUUUUUAAACCUCUUUUUAAACCUUUUUUAUGCUGAAGUAUUGAAAUUCCCACAGGAGAACAUUGUUUCUUAACGUUCUCUGAGCGUAAUUGAGAACAUUCCCAAUGUCAAACCAGUUAGAGAACGUUCCUAGAACGUUACCAAAUGUUAAAUUAAAUGUAACCAUGUUUGAACUUGUAGGAAACGUUCUGUUAAAGUUAUGAAAUACCAAGAAAAUAACAUUAUUUUUAAGUUCCUUAAAUGUGAUGAAUGUUCCAAAGCCAAGCAACUAUCCUGCACCAUUCCCAGAACGUUGUGGGAAGGUUGUAUGCAAAACAACCAUAGGACAACCAUGCUCUCACCAAGCUCUAAUAAACCUAUGGUUCUCAGAACGUUAUGUGCUAGCUGGGCAGUCACGAUCAACUGGGUCAUGGUCAGAAGAAAACAGGGAGGGACUACCUGGACAUUUUUGUUUUCCUUUGCAAAAUGUUUUGCUAUGAUGUACCCUAAUGAACACGCCCCUGGACUUUGUUUGAUCACCAUCCAUUGAGUUCAGAAUGAGGGUGUCUGUCUGAUUGGUCAUCUGGAGCGGUUGUCUGGUUUAUGAAUAAUGGGAUUAGAUGAUUUGGUGGGAUUACGUAGACCAAGAGCUAUGAGCUCAGCUUCUGUCUUCCCUUUAAACUUGUAUUGAGAGGAGUGUAUGGAGGAGUCAGAACUAGGCAGAGCAGGAGAAACAGAAAGAAACAGCAGCUUGGGGAGAGGGAAAAACGCUUUUGGGAACAAGAGAGAAGAUGUUUUCAUAGGCAGAUGGAACAGUUGACUUUUUGAAGUCCCUCUAUUUCUGCAACUUUCUCUUAGAGAUUUUGCAGAGGGAACGAAAAGCCUGCAGAUGCAUCAGAUGUGUAUUUUAAAACAGUCCCACCUGAUAGGAUCUCUCCCUGGUGCACUGAGGACUUUGAUGUCUGCUUAGCUGAGAAUUGGAGAAUCUGGUUGCUGAGAAACACAGUCAGUUCAGGCUGACUGUAGAAUUGAGAUUGAGUUCAGUUGGGUAAACUGUUUUGUGGUGCUGGGAUAGUGAGUUCAGGCCAGAGGAGGCUGGUGGGAGGAGCUAUAGGAGGACGGGCUCAUUGUAAUGGGUGGAAUGGAAUCAAUGAAACAAAGUCAAACGUGGUUUCCAUAUGUUUGAUACCGUUCCAUGUAUUCUAUUCCAGUCUUUACAAUGAGCCCAUCCUCCUAUGGCUCCUCCCACCAGCCUCUUCUGGUUCAGGCUAAGGAUGAUACUGGUAAAGUGGGUUUGGAUUGAUGACCCACUCAGGCUGUAGAACAAUGGGGUGAAACUGGGUUGUACAAGUCUGCUAUCUUAAUUUGAUCACUUCUGUUGUCGCAGAGACUUUUCCUGCUCAGCAGGAAAUGCAAAUUGUAGUGUAUUCAAGAUUUUAAAAGGCUUCUAAAGUUUGUGAUUUCCACUUAAAAAUGUCAGCCUUGAUUUGCCCUAAUGAAAAAUGUAUCAACCCCUACAAAAAUGUCCAUUAAUUAUAAUCCACAUAAUAAUUUGCAUUUCCUGUUGCUGCAGAAUUAUUUUCCUGCUGUGAGAAGCAGGGUCCUAUUAAGAUGGCACAUCUGUAACAGAAUUGUUCGGCUUGAUUGUGGUCAAUGAUGGUUCUCAUGCUGAAAGUCCUCUCCAGAGAAAUAUAAUCAAAUAGAAUGAUUCUAUUUAUCUGGUCCUCUCCCCCUGUAUAGGAGCAGACAGUGCGGGAGCUGGAGCUGCGUGUGAAGCAGCUGUCAGUGGAGGUGGAGAACGGUAACAUGCUGAGGCAGAAGGUGACCCAGGAGAAGGGCCAGAUGGAGAUCCACAUCGCCACCAUCAGCUCUGAGCUGCAGGAAGCCAACCGACGGUGAGGAGGAGACCCCACAACACGGUCACCAACAUCCACCAACUCACUGUUCUCUUCCCAAACCUUACAUGGAAAAAAGGAAAGGAAAAGUCUCACCCCAAAAUACACAGACAACCCCCAAUUCAUUUAUCGAUCCAAUCCGACUACAAGUUCCCCAGCCUAAGCCCCAGCUCCAGCCUCUGUUUGAGCCAAGCAGUAGGGCCUUAUAGUAGUCAGUGGUUCUGGCAAUCAUUAGUGAGUUGUGCUGACUGUGUGUAUGUCUGUAUUGAGUAUGUCUGUGUUGUGUUGUGCAGGAGGGUGUCUCUGCUGAGGGAGAAGGAGCAGCAGAGUGAGCAACAUGAAGACACACUGCAGAAGCUCCAGACCAAACAUGAGACUGACAUCAGCCACUUCCAACAGGAACACACACUCUCCGCUGCUAAGGUAGCCAACCAUAUAUACUACUAAACUACUGUAGAACACUACUGCUACUAGACUAAACUACUGUAGAACACUACUGCUACUAGACUAAACUACUGUAGAACACUACUGCUACUAGACUAAACUACUGCAGAACACUACUGCUACUAGACUAAACUACAGUAGAACACUACUGCUCUAGACUAAACUACUGUAGAACACUACUGCUACUAGACUAAACUACUGUAGAACACUACUGCUACUAGACUAAACUACUGUAGAACACUACUGCUACUAGACUAAACUACUGUAGAACACUACUGCUACUAGACUAAACUACUGUAGAACACUACUGCUACUAGACUAAACUACUGUAGAACACUACUGCUACUAGACUAAACUACUGUAGAACACUACUGCUACUAGACUAAACUACUGUAGAACACUACUGCUCUAGACUAAACUACUGUAGAACACUACUGCUACUAGACUAAACUACUGUAGAACACUUCUGCUGCUAGACUAAAGUACUGUAGAACACUACUGCUACUAGACUAAACUACUGUAGAACACUUCUGCUGCUAGACUAAACUACUGUAGAACACUACUGUUAAUAGACUAAACUACUGUAGAACACUACUGCACUGCGACAGUGUCAUUGCGCAAAAUGGUACACAGCAUCAUCUGGAUGUGUGUGCAACAAAAGUUCAACAUUCACCUUUUUCAUGCAUAUGUUCGAUAAAUCCAACGUGUGCACCACACAGAACACACUGCAACUGCCUCUGCAACGCAAUGCUACAAGGGAAAGACAGCGUUCCAUUGGAAAUUAAUGUAUUUCUGGUGUACCAAAACGCAAUUACGCUGUCGGUGUGAUCGAGGCGUAAGGUAGCCAACCACAUUAGUAUAGAAAAACUAGAUGCUACACCACCUGAUGCUACACCACCUGAUGCUACUGUACACCACUGCAAGGACUAUUAGCUGGACUGGUCACACUCCCUCAAAGAUGUUGUAGAAUGCAUAGGCAUAUCUUAUGCUGUACUAUGUAUGACUUAUCUUCAACUGAAGACUUGACAGCAUUUAUAUUCCCCUGCUGCUGAAUAAUGUGGCUGUGUUAGAUAAGACUCCUGUUGUUAUCCUCUCUCUCUCUCUCUCUCUCUCUCUCUCUCUCUCUCUCUCUCUCUCUCUCUAUCUCCACUUAACCUUUUAGUCAUUUAGCAGACACUCUUAUCCAGAGCAAUUAGGGUUACGGGCCUUCAUCGACAGAUUUUUCACCUCGUAGGCUCUGGGAUUCGACCCUGCAACCUUUCGGUUACUGGCCCAACGCUCUUAACUUUACUGCUAGGCUACCUGCCUCUCUCUCCUCUUUCUCUCUCAAUCCCUCCAUUUCUCCCUCUCUCCCAGGCCUCUAAUGUGAUUGAGGACCUGGAACAGACAGUGGCUCAGCUCAGACAGCAGCUACAGGACAGUGAGCACAGGAGACUGAAACAACUCAGGGUAAACUGUGUGUGUGUGUGUGUGUGUGUGUGUGUGUGUGUGUGUGUGUGUGUGUGUGCGUGCGUGCGUGCAUGCGUAAGAGAGUGUGAGAGUGAGAAAGAAUGGCUUAAUUCCACAACAACUGGAAGAAGUUUGAACGUGAAUAAUGGGGAAAACACAUCUCACACAACAAUAACUUGUAGUUCUGUAUGAAUGUUUCAGACUUACUGACUUGUGUUUUCCAGGACACAGAUAAGAAACUUCAACAAGAGAAAGCAGAUCUGCAGCACGACGGUGAGAAAAAGGUACAAUCCCUAUCAAUGGUUACCCACAUGUCAAAUCAAUGUAGUUACCCACAUGUCAAAUCAAUGUAGUUACCCACAUGUCAAAUCAAUGUAGUUACCCACAUGUCAAAUCUAUAUUUGUAUCGAUACAAUACUCUCAUAUCAAAUUGAGAUUAUAUGGCUGUCCUCUUAUUUAGUAUAUAGGCCCUAAAUAAACAAAGAAAGUCUGUCUCACUUUGUCUUAAUAAGGAGCGUCCUUUCCUCUGAGUUUUACUCUACAUAACUAUGUAGGCCUACAGUGCCUAAAGUCAACUCUGUGAAACCUAAAGCCUGAUCAUAAUUAAAUUCUACCUGCCUUUCCAGCGGCCCUAGUUUGACAAACUGACUGUGGUUAAAUGGGAGAGAUAAAAGCCUUGGACCCACAUGGUCCUGCCUAGCUCCCCUUCUACCCUUCCCUUUGAUAUGUUACGUCCUGCCUGUAAACUCAAAGCUGUGAUUAGCAGGUCAGACUACCGCUGGACACAGGGUCCACAGGGCUCAGUGGCUGUGGGGAGGAGGGGUGGAGUGGAAAGGUGAGGGACAUUUGGAGGAGUGAGGGUUUGACAUUUAGGGGGGAUGGGGGUUAGCUGACCAAUUGAAAGUCAAGGGAGGGUUAGAGGGGUGUAGGGUUGACCAGUUGAAGGUGAAGGAGAACAGUGGGGGGGUGGGGAGCUUGGGUGGUGGUGUAAAGGUGCCCAAUUUAAGGCCAUAGGGGACGGGAGAUGAAGUCUUGUCCUCUGAAAAGCCAUGCUUAGUCGCCCCAGCUAAAUCCAGCAAGGACCUUAAUUGCUGCCAGACAGCGAUGGCAGCGACCCCUCACUCUUUCAAGCCUCCCUUCAAAGCCAACGUGUUGUCAUAAAAAAUACCCUCAUCUAAUGAGUUGGUCCGGGCCAGGCCAGAGUCAGGUGGGUGAAGAUCAGGUUUUAAGAUGUAGGUCCAAACACCUGGUUCAUCUUCAAAGUAAAGCCCCCAUGUUGAAGGGCAAGGCAGUCAGUCAUAAAGGGGGGUGGGGGGGUAGCAGGGCUGUGUGUUUCAGGUCAGGCACCUCUGAACUGGGGGACUGGACUGAUACACCUGCAAGCUAGCUAGCUACCAGGUCUGGGUCUCUGUUAGCAGGGUCAGGGUGAGGGUCAAUGCCAUUUCACGUUCUGUUGUUUCAUCUUUGUGUGACUGAAUUGAAGUUGUUAGUUGAAUAAAUAGUUAAAUAGCUGCAUCCUUCAGUCACAUUUUUUGAGCACAGACCCACUCUAUAACAUUGUAUGGAAACAAUGCACAUCCUUUCUCCAGCUCCCAGUAAACUUGAUGAAAGAAUCUUUCUGUCUGUAUACCCUUAAGCACCUAUCAGGAGACGGGCCCAGAUGGCAGCUUGAUGAUAGGUGGAGUUAGAGGUCAGGAAGAGGCAACCCCAGGCUCCAGGUGGAUAAGGUCAUGGACAGGGGGGCUUGCUGAGUGAUGGACCUGCUGUCAUAGUGUCUGUCUCUGUUUCUACCCCUCUCUCUCUCACUCACUCACACAAUCACACAGGUGCGUGCCCUACACAACCAGGCGGAGAAAGAGAGAGAAGAGGCCAAUAAGAAGAUCUCCAAACUUGAAGAGUCACUGAAGUGAGUAGUAAAACACUGUAAAUCAAAUAUCUGUUUUAUUCUUUCAUUUCAUCACUACUUGGGGACUUGCCAUUCAGUUUGGUUCAGAACACAUCAGAAACAUGGGAUUUGUUCACACACAUCACCAACCCACAAACCCAAAAUCCCAGCAUAUGAAAAAUGUAUCACGGCGAGCCAACACAUGCUUCCAUCCAUGCAAUUAUACAAUGAUACAAUCUCCCAAAGUCACUGAUUUAGAAAAAUGCUUAAGCACUCAGACGUUGGUAAGUGCUAGUUACAGGGCCCGGGACACAGCUAUAAUUUGCAGAGCUCACCCUCGUGCAGUAAUUGAAAACUGCAGUGGAUAUUUGAAGCUAUAUGAAAUGUUGUCGCUUUUAGUCUCUCCAUAUGUGCCUGUCUGUCACAUGCUGAAACAUAGGAACAUCCAUAGAGAGUUCUUAUAUCUGUGCUGUGCAGUGUCCCCAGUUGUGGGGUAGUGCCCAAUUCCAUAUUGUCGUACACCUAUCCAACCGUCUCAGAUCUACAAUGGCCGUGUCCGAAUACCCAUACUAGCAUAUUAAACUGCAUACUAUAUACUCAUCGUUGCAUACUAUUUAGCAUGUACCGUUUAGUAAAAAGUAUGCAGUAUGCCACUGCCGCAACGCAGUAGCGGCUCCUGACUGGCUGAAUAGGUGGGGCGAGGCCGAGUCCGGGUGGAUCUUUCCAAAUUCAACAGACAUCGCAUUAACCAGACUGAUAAUAGAUCAUUUCCAAUUCGAUUAAUUUAUCUAAAUGCUGAAUAGAGUAGGAAUGGAGUUAUAGGCCUACUCAGGCUGGUUAUAGGCAGACUAUCACAUUCGACCAACACUGAGUGUACAAAACAUUAAGAACACCUUCCUAAUAUUGAGUUGCACCCCCCUCUUUUGCCCUCAGAACAGCCUGAAUUCGUUGGGGCACAGACACUACAGGGUGUUGAAAGAAUUCCACAGGUGUUGUUAAUGUUUUGUACACUAUGUAUAAUGUAGUAGACCAUAUAGCCCAUCUAUCCUAUUUAAAAAGGACUGAAGACAGAAACUGAUAAAUUAGUUCCAUUUCAGCAUAUUUAUUAGUGAACCACUGGACAGCAACAUAAUCGUUGAUUUAGGUAGCGCAUCCCCAUAUCUAAUUGAUCAGCUGUUGUCAAAGCCGAAAUGAGUAUGACAUCCGGGCAUUUAAAGUAUACUUGAUUUCCACAAUAUCGCAUACUAUUAAACGAAAUGUUUUCGCAUAUUCAAACGGCCUACUAUUUAGGAUGCAAGUAUGGGUAUUUGGAAACUGCCAGUGUGUCCUCCAGAUGUGUAGUCAGCAGGGGUUAAUGGCUGAGCCUGGGGAGCACUGAGGCCCUACAGGAAUUCACUGGGAGACAUGGAAGUGGUUAGGACUAGAAAGAGGCCUGCCAGAGAGAGAGAGAGCGCCUUGGCAUACCUGGCCACUCUAUUUCAUGUCAAUUAGGCUUUCUUUCUCUCACUGUCUUGCUCCCUCUCCCUCCCUCUCUCUCUCUGUCUAGAAUUUGUUAGACUGUAGCAGCCUUGUUUGACAUGGUACAGUCUGACAUGAUGUCACCCACCCUGUGAUCCGUCCCACCUAUGAUGUCAUUGGUUGUUUGUUUACUUGUCUCAGUUGGCUGUAGCCUGUGAGAUUCCACACCGCUACUUUUCUAUCCUCACUUCAUAAUGCAUCAUUUGUAGUCAUCACCUCGUAUGCCCAUAUUUAGUCUGAAAACGAAAUGUAAUGUAAAUGAAAUGUAAAUGUAAAACGAGCAGGUGACCUUAUCUGUGAAAAGGGGUGGUGGGAGGAGCCAGAGCUUUGGCUACGUCUCAAUACUCUAACAUGGCCUCGUUUCCUGAAUCCUUUUACUUGAGACCAUUGAUCAUUGAUGUCAAAUCUUUGAAUGGUCAAAAAUAUUAUAACAUCUAACCAAAUAUGGACUUCCUUUAUUGCCCUCUGCUACACUAUUCCAGCUACAAUCACAUAUCAUCCCCUCUGCACCUCUUCCAUCUCAUCCCCCCUGCACCUUUCCCAUCUCAUCCCCCCUGCACCUCUCCCAUCUCAUCCCCCCUGCACCUUUCCCAUCUCAUCCCCCCUGCACCUCUCCCAUAUCAUCCCCCCUGCACCUCUCCCAUCUCAUCCCCCCUGCACCUCUCCCAUCUCAUCCCCCCUGCACCUCUCCCAUCUCAUCAACCCUGCACCUCUCCCAUCUCAUCCCCCCUGCACCUCUCCCAUCUCAUCCCCCCUGCACCUCUCCCAUCUCAUCAACCCUGCACCUCUCCCAUCUCAUCAACCCUGCACCUCUCCCAUCUCAUCCCCCCUGCACCUCUCCCAUCUCAUCAACCCUGCACCUCUCCCAUCUCAUCAACCCUGCACCUCUCCCAUCUCAUCCCCCCUGCACCUCUCCCAUCUCAUCAACCCUGCACCUCUCCCAUCUCAUCAACCCUGCACCUCUCCCAUGUCAUCCCCCCGCACCUCUCCCAUCUCAUCAACCCUGCACCUCUCCCUCCAUCCCUCCCUUCCUCCCUCCAUUCCUCAGUUAAUUUCUCCCUCGCUCCAUCCCUCCCACCAGAUGUUGAGCUGACUGAGCUACUCCUAUCAGGCGUUCCCUCCUCUCCUUUUCUCAGUCUGCUAUCGUUCCAUUACAGUAGAGUACAGUCAGAGCACUGCUGACAGGCUAGGCAGGGUCUGAUCCAGGGCCUCCUAAUGCUGCAUGCAUUCCUCACACUAAUUAAUACCAUACAUUACCACAUUACCGGCUCAUACACAGAUUACACUGCCUCUAAUGAAAGUAGAAUGUGUUCUGCACAAUUAAACGUCUAAGCUCACCCAAUCCUAACGGCCCAGAACUUAGCCCCAGUUCUAUCCCCAGCCUCGGCUCCUGCCCCAGACCCAGUCUCCAAACGGCCCCAGAACGCAGCCCUGCCCCAGACCAAGUCUCAGCCCCAGUCUCCUAACGGCCCGGAACGCAGCCCUGCCCCAGACCAAGUCUCAGCCCCAGUCUCCUAACGGCCCGGAACGCAGCCCUGCCCCAGACCAAGUCUCAGCCCCAGUCUCCUAACGGCCCGGAACGCAGCCCUGCCCCAGACCAAGUCUCAGCCCCAGUCUCCUAACGGCCCCAGAACGCAGCCCUGCCCCAGACCCAGUCUCAGCCCCAGUCUCCUAACGGCCCGGAACGCAGCCCUGCCCCAGACCCAGUCUCAGCCCCAGUCUCCUAACGGCCCGGAACGCAGCCCUGCCCCAGACCCAGUCUCAGCCCCAGUCUCCUAACGGCCCCGGAACGCAGCCCUGCCCCAGCCCCAGUCUCCUAACGGCCCGGAACGCAGCCCUGCCCCAGCCCCAGUCUCCUAACGGCCCCGGAACGCAGCCCUGCCCCAGCCCCAGUCUCCUAACGGCCCCGGAACGCAGCCCUGCCCCAGCCCCAGUCUCCUAA